UGACGUCACCACAUCUGACCGGAAGUGUUGCGUUUCACAGUCAGCUGACAGAACCACAGACGGAGGUUUCUGCCACCGCGGUUAAAGAUGGCCUAUCCUACGUCCCACAACCCCUUUGCAGAUGAUGACGAUGAGGAAGAUUUUAAGCCUAAGAGCCGGGGAUUCGAUGAUGAACCGGAUGAUGGGAUGAGUGAUGCAGAGAGGAGGCAGAAGUACCUCCAGCAGGAAGUCAUGCGUACUGCUCAGUCCGCUGUGGACAGCACUCAUCGUUCCCUUGGCCUCAUCUAUCAGUCAGAGAAAAUGGGUGUGGAAACUGCGGAGGAGCUAAUGCGGCAGGGUGAGGCGCUGAAGAGGACGGACAAGAUGCUGGACAACAUGGAUCAGGACCUGAAGACCAGCCAGAGGCACAUUACCAGCAUCAAGAGUGUUUGGGGAGGCAUUGUCAAUUAUUUUAAGGGGAAACCAGAAACAAAACCACCACCUGAAGAGCCAAAGGCCUACCAGGCCAGUGAUAGAUUACAGAGUGCCAUGUCCAGUAGCAGAGAACAUGAGGAUAAGUAUCAAGCGAGCCACCCAAACCUAAGAAAACUGGAUACAGAAGGGUUUGGAGCGGCUGUGUCGACGGACAGACAGAACGGAUAUUCUCAGAACAGUUACCUCAAACAGGCUCACCAAACGCUUGACAACAACUUGGACGAGAUGUCUGAUGGCUUGGCAAGACUGAAGAACCUUGGACUUGGUCUCCAGUCGGAGAUCGAAUCCCAGGACGACUCCAUCGAUGCUCUCCUGAAUAAAGCCGAUAAGAUGGAUGUCAAAAUCCGCAACACAAAUCAGCAGAUUAAAAACCUGAAAUGAAAAGAACAAUUCGAACCCAACAUUUCUGGAAAGAAACUGGCAAAAGAUCAUUCUUUCACUCGCCCACACAUGUUGCCCAGUGAACAAACUUUUCACUUGUUUCUUUUUAGGUUUUCAACAGAUUCCUCUGCCUCUAAUAAAACCGGGGCUUUUUUGUAUUUGUAUGUUGUGAAGAGAUGAUUUCCUCCCGUGUGUAUCCGAUGCAGCAGGCUGUCACUGUUGGCUUCCUCCUCUACUGCACUUCUUUCCAAAUGUCCUCUUUGAAUUUUCACUGUUUGGGUUUAUUAAAGGUUUUCACGGCUGCCAAAAGGCUACUAGAGUGUUAAUCCUUUGAGCAAAAUGGAUUCAUGAUAAAAUUAUAUUGAAGUCACUAAAUUGUCAAAAUAGACAAAAAAAGAAAAAGAUUUUUUUUGCAUAUUAUUCAAAUGUCAGUGCAAACUCCAACAUUGUACCUUGCACUAUAUCUGUUUGUAGACACAAACAAGCCUAACUCAAGCACAUUUGCCUUACAUGUAAUAUGUAUGUACAGUAGACAUACGUUUAGUUUCUGCUUCAUUUUGUUUAUGUGUUCAGUCUUCAGUGCUCAAGAGCUUUGCAUAAAUCUUUUAUAUGUAUUCACUGCAGAUUGGUUUAAUUAUUGUACAGCAUGGAUAAUGUGAAUAAGUGAGCUGUGAAUAUAUUAAAAAGUAAGAAACAGAAGGAGUUUUUCCAUUCUUCUAAUCAGUAUUUCACAUCUUCAGUUACGAGUUGAGCCACUGUGACAGGUUUUGUUGGAGCCUUUUUUCCGAGGUAAUCGACAGCAAAAGAAUCUUUCAUGGUUACGUUGUUAUUUUGACAUGUAAUCCAUGUAUUGUAAUCAGGCCCAAUAAAGUCUUCUGUCUGGGGAUCUUCACCUCUCUGAGAAAUGAUUUCCUCUGUGUAGCAGGGAGCCAAAAGCACCACAACGUGGCGCCA